GUGAUUGUUAAGGAGGGUGAUGGAGGGAAUUUCUUUCAUUAAGGAGAACCAAAUUUGGUGCAUAGUAAGCCCUCCGAGCUAUUGACUAGGCUGGCCCAAGACUUCCGGGCUGGGAACAAGAGAAGACUGAAGCAGACAAAAUACUAAAAGGCAGAACCAGAAAUGGAAGGUGGCAAGGAAAAAACGUCUCACACUCAGGGCCAAAGAUGUCCGACAGUGUCUGCUGCAAACUUGUUGUCUAUCUGGAGGAUCUGACGGACGAGGAAUUCAAGAAAUUCAAGAUGCACCUGGAACACUACCCACUGGAGGAAGGCUACAAGUGCAUUCCGCACUAUCGGAUCGAGAAGGCAGACAGGAUAGAUAUAGCAGAGCGCAUGGUCAAGGCCUAUGAAGACACCAUGACAUUGCAGGUGACCGUCAACAUCUUGGACAAAAUAAAUAAGAAGGAAGUGUCAUCAAAAGUCAGAAGUGAAAUGGCGGCAUAUUUCCGGCAGCCGCCAAAACCCUUGACGAAGAAAGAAAAAAAAGAAAAGGAAGAGAAGAUAUUGUCCAACCUCCAUAACAAAUUUUUGGGGACUCAAAAGAAAGUGGAGGUGACCCUGGACCCCAAAACUGCCUUCCCUACGCUCAUCCUUUCCGAAGAUCGGAAAAGUGUGCAUCUCGGCCAGCGAGCCCAGACUCUUCCUGACAACCCCGAGCGCUUCAAUUUUUUACCGUGUGUCCUGGGAGCGGAAGGCAUCGACUCUGGGACUGUCGACUGGGUGGUGGAGGUGGGCAAGGCCAAAAAGUGGUCCAUUGGGGUGGCCCGUGCAUCGAUAGAAAGAAAAUGGAACCAAUACAUCACUGCUACUGAGGGGUUUUGGGUGCUGAAGUUGUUUGAUGGAGAAUACAUGGCCUCCACCACCCCUUCCACCAUCCUUACGCUGUGGAAAUCCCCACGGCGGAUCAAGGUUCACCUGGACUUCGAUUUUGGCACCCUUUCCUUUUUCAACGCUGAUUCCAUGGAGUGCAUCUUUACCUUCAAUUAUCCUUUCUCUGAGAGGAUGCUUCCUUUCUUUGAGGUCUGGGACACGGAGAUCCCCCUGAAAAUCUGCCCCAGUGAUCCAUAGGGGCACAUGCACAAGAUAACUUAGCCUGCAAUCCAGGACUCACUCACUUGGGAGUAAAGAGCUCAAGCAGGCAAUUCCAUUCUAGCCCCUUUCCAUUUGGCUUUUCUAACUGACAUGUGACAUUCCAUGCUACUGAGCAUGGUCAGGCCACAUUGGGGUAGUUCUUUUUCUUCUUUCUUCUUUUGGGGGGAGGGGGCAGUAGUUCCCUUAAUUUCUUAAAAAUAAUAAUCCCUUGUUUCUUUUGUAUUUUUGCAAAGCUUGGAGUUGAAACAUAAACUGGACUUUAAAAUGGGGUGGUCACUUAUAAAUCACCCCAAAUGAGGACAAAAGUAGAUGGUGAUUUUCAUAAAAUUUACUUAUGCUAAUUGAUAUGUAUACUUGCAAAUAGGAAUAAUUUAAAUCCAUAAGCAAUUUUCUGUGGUGAGUAGAACGGUGAAACAAAUUAGCAGGGAAACACAGGAGGGUUAGAAGCAGAAGAUGAUGUCUGAUCCCCUUGUAAAAUUGGCUAAAUAUGACAAGGUGUUUGCAUGAUAUAGCUUCAUCUGGAAGCAGGGUUAGUGUGGGUUCAGCUCAUCGUAACCUGAUUUCUGGCCUAGUUUUAGCACUGAAACAACUUCAGUUGUAAUGAGGAUGGGUGACCUAUGUCAGGAGAAAGACAGGAAGUGGGAUCCUGAAAAUUCCGCUGGACCUUUCAGCAGCAACAUUUGAUACUGCGGACCAUGGUUUCCUUCUAGGCCCACCCUUUGAGGUGGGGAUCGAGGACAUGAUGCCCCAUGCCACAUAUUUCCAAAAUAUGGUGCAUGGGGGCUAUUGCUCUGUCCGAUGACAGUUACGGAAGUUUUCCACAUCAGGCUUUUAACCUGCACCUUUACCAAGCCUUCUGCUUCUGGAUUGUUUGGCUACUUUAUGCAUGUUU